AUGAUUAGUAAUAAUGAUAGUAUUGUAGAGAAGAUUGGUUCGAUUUCAAUUGAAAAUAAUGAUAAACCAACAACAACAACAACAACAAAAGAAAUAAAUGAUAUACCAACAGAAUCUAAUGUCAAUGUUGAUGAUGUAGAAGAAGAAGAUGCUCAAGAUGCAUCGGACCGUGUUUUGGCUUAUGUAGAAAAGAUUGUAUCAUUAGAGCCAAUUGCCGGUGCUGAUGUCAUAGAAAUCGCAACUGUCCUCGGAUGGAAAGUCAUCGUCAAGAAAGGUCUUUAUGCCGUAGGUGAUUUAGUAGUUUAUGUAGAGAUUGACUCAAUCUUACCACCAUGGCCAUAUUUCAUCAAUGAUAAAUUAGAUAAAUGUAACUUUAGAAUUAAAACUAUCAAAUUACGUGGUCAAAUUUCACAAGGAUAUUGUAUUCCAAUUAAAGAAUUAUUAAAUCAUCCAAAUAAAAAGUUGACACCAGUUUAUUGUGUCGAUGGUCAGGUGGAAUCUGGAUUAAAGUCAAUCAGGAGAUUGUCGGAUCCGGUAUUGCAAAAUGGUGAUUUCGAUUAUUCUUUGGAAAUUAAAUCCAAUAUGACAGAGUUGAUUGACCAGCCAAGAAUACAGAACCUUCCACUCUAUCCAACAACCUAUGCUCAUGUCGAGUUUGAGGUUACCGAGAAGUUAGAGGGUUCUUCAGUAACAGUAUAUCACUACAAGGGUGUCAACGGUACAUGUUCUCGUAACUUUGAGCUGAACUUUGAGAACUGCCAGAAGCAGUCGGAAAUCAAAGAUGUUCUUGUCGACAAGAUGAAGUUGUACGAUCGUUUGGAUAAGUUGAAUUUGAACAUUGCACUCCAGGGCGAGUUCAUCGGACCAAAAGUACAAGGAAAUAUUUAUGGUAUUUUAGAGUUGUGUUGGCGAUGCUUUGAUAUUUGGAUGAUCGAUCAAAAUCGUUAUGCAACUCACGCCGAAAGAGUUGAUAUCAUGGAGAAAUUGGGAUUACCAUGGUCUGACUAUGGUGUUCCAUAUCUCGGAACAUACAAAUUGGAGGGCAAGACUCUAAAGGAUAUCUUGGAGAUGGCCAAUGGAUUCUCUCAACUCAAAGGAUCGAAACCAAAGGUAUUGAGAGAGGGUAUCGUUUUCAAAUCAACUACCGUCGAAAACAAUAGUAUCAUUACAUUUAAAGCUAUUUCAAACCAAUAUUUAUUAAAGAAAUAG